AUGGAAAACUUCACUGCACCCAGUUCUGGUGGCAAGACCCUGCGCCCUUGCCUCGCGGAACUGCUUCGCACGUGCGUAUACCCACCGAGGCUGCUCCUCAAGGUCGAGCACGUUUUUCGACCAGCAGAAUCCGACCGUAAUGGCAGGAGUACCAUGCCGACAAGUAACCAAACUCAACCGAGUGGUGAUCAUGAUAACCUUGAUGUUGAGCUUCGACAGUCAACUCCGCAAUCAUUGAGGCUUGCACUGUCGGAUGGGCAGCUACAGAUCCAAGCUGUACUUGCCACGAAAUUACACACCAAAGAAUUGCUGGAACUGCGAAAGGGAGACCUGCUUGAAUUGAAGAAAUUCCAGGUUAGGAGGGCGCCGAGAGUGAAUGGCAACGGGAAGGUGGUCUAUCUUGGCGUGGACGCCUGUGAAUGGGUUGGAUCUGUCACUCAGGAAGCUGACGAAGACCUUGGAGGCGGCUUCAUUCCUGAGGUAGACUACGAUCAUCUAUUGGAGAAGGAUAGCUUCCCUUCCACCAGGACCUUUUUAGGCAGGACAGCCGAGACCACACGAGGAAGGAACGAAGGCGAGGCAAUCCCAACCGCAAAACAGUCAUCGGAGACCAGGAUAGAAACCACAACACCGCUUCACAAGAUGGAUCGUAAACGGUCUCGUGACCCACCAAUUCACCAAAGUAAUCUCUCGAGUCGAAAGACCCUUUUCUCGGAGCAGCCUUCCUCGAGAUCGAGGUCCACAACUCGUCCUACGGUCCGUUUCGCAACUCCUAAUCCAGAUUCGGACGACUCGUCUGACGACGACGAUUUUGAGACCAUCGUCACCUCCCCAUCAACUAUUCAGCGACGACGAGAAACCCUCCGCAAUACCGGGCUGACCACACCAAGUAGAGUUGUGCCGGCUAGCACGCUUUCACACUAUGCCGGCGCCAGCAACGAUGAAGGACUUUUAGACGAUAAGUUCACCAAGUCACAGAGCCCGACAACAGCUACAGCAACCGAGGCUCUCCACAGCGAUGCGGAACUACCAUCGAGCACCAUACCACCUCAAGAGUACGAUGAUGCAGGCAAUGCUUCGUCCUCGUUAGCGGCGACUACCAGCCCGCUCCGGAUCACAACCCAACACCUACAACCUACCGCACGAUCCCAGGUGCCCAACCCUUUACCCUCGAACGCACCCCUGCAAACACUCUCCACCCUCCUCCACUCCUCGGCCCUUCCAAGACGUAACUACGUAUGUAGUGUCCUCGGGAUCAUAACUUGGACUUCGCCCUCCCUAAUCCACAAGCCCAACAGCCCCUUCCCGCCUAAGCGACACAUCAAGAUUCACGACACAAGCAUCUUGUCGCGGCGCGUCGGCGUUACCGUGGCAAUCUUUGUCGACGCGAAGAAUUUCAUGCCGGAGAUCGGCACCGUGGCCCUCUUCCGAGGCGUCACCAUGCAGAAGUGGGAGGGAGAGCCGAUUCUGAAUGCGUAUGCCAAUCUGAAGGAGUGUGGUGAGGAGUGGUUCAUUACGGCAGACGAGACGUUGAAGGCGAUGGGUCACGAUGUCAUUGGGAUGAAAAGAUGGUGGGCUGAGUUGGCAGGGAGGAAGGCUCCUAGUUCAAUGAAGUAA